GAACAUAAAAUAGCCAGGAAGAAGCUGUACAUUGCAGCAGCAAUUUGCUUGGCAUUUAUUGCGGCAGAGAUUGCUGGUGGCUAUAUAGCAGGAAGCCUGGCAGUGGUGGCGGAUGCAGCUCAUCUGUUUGUGGAUCUGUCCAGUUUCCUGAUCAGCAUCUGUUCUCUGUGGUUGUCUUCGAAGCCACAACAAAAAGACUCACUUAUGGCUGGUACAGAGCGGAAAUAGUUGGUGCCUUAAUGUCCAUGAUUACCAUCUGGGUGGUCACAGGCGUGCUGGUUUACUUGGCGUGUGAAAGAAUUAUACAUCGUGAUUACACCAUAGACGGGGUAGUGAUGCUCAUCACAUCAGCGUGUGCCCUUGGAGCAAAUAUUGUUUUGGCUCUGGUCCUCCACAAUGCUGGACACGGUCACAGCCAUGCCGGGGAUCAGCAUCAACAUAUGGCACCUGAUUACAAGCCUCAGACUAAUGCUAGUAUACGUGCAGCCUUCAUCCAUGUCAUUGGAGAUCUGUUCCAGAGCAUCAGCGUGCUAAUCAGCGCAUUCCUCAUAUACUUCAAGCCUCAGUAUAAGAUAGCUGAUCCUAUCUGUACUUUUAUAUUUUCCAUUUUUGUCUUGGCCACAACCAUCACCAUUCUACGAGAUGUUUUAGUCGUUCUAAUGGAAGGAGUUCCUCGUGGGAUUAAUUACAGUGUUGUGAAACAGAGUAUUCUUACUGUGAAUGGGGUUAAAUCAGUCCACAACCUUCAUCUCUUGGCUUUAACAAUGAAUCAAGUCAUCCUCUCCGUUCACGUUGCCAUAGAGACUUCAGAUGACUCUAAAAGAAUUUUAAAUGAAGUCACGCGGAAUGUUUUUGACAAUUUCCCCUUCCACUCGAUCACUGUACAAAUUGAAUCAGCAGAGGAACAGAAUCCUGAGUGUAUAUUCUGCUAUGAGCCCACUGACUGA